AUGCAUAUCCUCCUCCUAAGCUCUUCAAACCACAACAGCGCCCGCAUUAUCCAAUCUGCUCUAUCUCGAAACUUCACUAUUGCUUUUCUUACUCCCCAGGCUUCACAAAUCCCUCAUCAUGCAAACGUCACUCCGAUCAACGGCCUACCCGCCUCCCAACACGACCUCGAAAUAGCUUUACAGACACCCAGGCCCCCUGAAGCAGUCAUACUCGCUUUCUACAAUACCCAUGUUCUCGAAGCAGUCACACACACUCUUGUCAGGGCUUUAAAGGCCAUCCAGACUGCUAAAGUAAACAACGAAAAGGAAGCUGCAGCAAUGCCUCUUCGUCUUGUGUUUAUCCAAAGUAACGCGAUGCAAUUGGAGGCGGAUGGUUACAAGAGAGUCGAUAAAAUAGUACGAGCAAGCGGUUUGCCUUUCGAUCUCGCUCAGUGUCCCCGUCUGGCUGGGGAACUCUCUGCCACUGUCCGGGCUUCUCCUGAAGAAGGUCGCGUUGCUGCUUGGUUAGCUACUGUCAAGAAAGCGAGGAUGGCUCAAUCCGGCAAGAUAAAGCAUGGGGAAAUAAGUCGAACGGAAGUGAAGAACCUAGAGUAG